AUGAGUGAAGAAGUCUGCUUUACAGAAAUCAAAAAAAAGAACAGCAGCAAGCAUUUCCCAUUGAUAGAUCUUACUGAAAUCAAACCUCAAGUCAGUUUCCUAGAGAGCCUAUUAUAGAAGAAAUACCAACUCAACAAAAAGAUAUAAUAAUACACUCUCGGCAAGGUCUAUUUGGAGUCCCAUAACGAGAAAGCAAUAUUUAGAGUUUUUCAGGAUUCUGAUCUGAACAUCUCUUCAAUAUUCUAAAAGAAACUUAAUAAAACAUCAGUUGAUGACGAUGUUAUGACUACCAGUUCUUAGAUUGCCAAUGCCAAUAGACAAAAUCGGAAGGACGUAAUCUUUCGAAUUUUUGAAGUAGAGAAACCUCAACGUCCUAAAUAGAUUCCCUUAGAAGAAAUGGAACGUUCUCUCUUUGGGUCUACUUAAGAAAACAACUCAUUCUUCACACAAUAGCUCCAAGUAACCAAUGCUAGUAAAUUGUUUUUAUCAUAAUAAUGA